AGGAAGGAGCAGCGGACGGAACCCAGCCACAAAGAGGGGACGGGAAGCUGGAGGGGAGCCGCUGAGCAGCAAUGGAGGCGCAUAUGGCGGCAGCCCGCCCGCCGACGCACCACCACAGCCACGGCCACCAGCAGCAGCAGCAGCAGCAGAAGGCGGCCAACCUGGCGCGCACCUUCACCAAGCUGCUCCGCCGGAAGCGCUCCGACUCCGCCGCGGCGGCGAGGGCCGGGGCCGGGCCCAAGGAGGCGGAUGCGCCGGCCUCCGUCGCCGGGGACGACUACGACAGCUCCCUGGACGCCACCACCCCCACCACUGCGACGGCGCCCGCCAUGCCGUCGCUCAGCAAGCUCAAGCUCUCCGGGAACCUCGCCGCGGCCUACUCCCUCGACGCCUUCUUCAGGAACGCCGCAGAGAAGAAGGCCGCCGGGGCGCAGCAGCCGUCGCCGCCGGCCGCCGCGCCGGAUGCGGCCGCGGACUCCCUCCUCGCCAAUCUGUUCGCCGGCGUCUCGGCCGUCAAGGCGGCCUAUGCGCAGCUGCAGCUCGCGCAGUUCCCCUAUGAUGCGGAGGCCAUUCAGUCCGCGGACGCCGCCGUCGUCGCGGAGCUCACCAGGCUGUCCGACACCAAGCGCAGGUUCCUCAAGGACCCCGCCGGCGCGGCCAGGGACGCCGCGGCGGCGGGCAACACCGCCCUCUCCGCGCAUGCCGAGGAGCAGCGGCAUCUGCUCAAGACGUACCAGAUCACGGCGCGCAAGCUGGAGGCGGAGCUCCGGACGAAGGAUGCGGAGCUCGACCGCGCCAAGGGCUCCCUCGAUGCGGAGCUCCGGGCGGAGCGCGCCAUGGAGGUGCGCCUGCAUCCGGGCCGCACCCUCGCGUCGCUGGACGAGCUCCACGUCUCCGGCCUCAACCCCACCCACUUCCUCACCGCCCUGCGGCACGCCGUGAAGUCGAUCCGCUCCUUCUCCAAGUCAAUGCUCAGCUCGAUGCAGGCGGCCGGGUGGGAUCUGACCGCGGCGGCCGCCGCCGUCCACCCAGGCGUGCCGUUGCGACGGGCCGGGGACGCCAAGUUCGUCUUCGAAUCCUACGUCGCCAUGAAGAUGUUCGCCAAUUUCCACCGGAGGGACUUCAAUUUCAGCUUCCUGGACGAGCGGGAGUUCUACGAGCGCCGCCGCUUCUUCGAGGAGUUCACGGAGCUCAAGGCGGCGCCGGCCAGCGUCUUCCUCGACGUGCGGAACGGCCGGUGGAGCGGGUUCGGCAAGUUCCUGCGCGCCAAGUACCUGUCGCUGGUGCACGCGAGGAUGGAGACGGCCUUCUUCGGGCGGCAGGAGCAGCGCGGCAUCGUGAGCGCCGGGCCCGGGUUCCCGGAGAGCUCGUGGUUCGCCGAGUUCGCGGAGAUGGCGCGCCGCGUGUGGCUGCUGCAUUGCCUCUUCUACGCGUUCGACGGCGGCGAGGAGGAGGACGGCGCGUCCAUCUUCCAGGUCCGGACGGGCGCGCGGUUCGCGGAGGUGUACAUGGAGAGCGUCAACGAGGGGCGCACGGAGGACGCGUUCUGCACCGCCGCCGAGGACCGCACCGUCGGCUUCACCGUGGUACCGGGGUUUAGAGUCGGCCGGACGGUGAUCCAAUGCCGCGUGUACCUGGCGCGGCCGGGCCGGCGGCCGUGAACCGGUUGUAGCAACAAAUUAGAACCGUCCUGUUUGUAGCGUCCGGCGGACGACGACGACUGGGGAGGAAAAAUCCCAUUUUGGGGCGGCCGUCGAGGUCUCUCGCCGGCCGCCGGCUGGGGUGGUGAUGAAGAUCAUGGUGGUGGUGUGGGUUAUGUAUCUAUUAAGGGAUGUAGCGAUGUGAUCAUAAUAUAAGUGGCAAUUUCAGUUCGGACCCAUGAUCCAGUGUUCUUGC